AUGGCCUCCGGCAGCUCUGGCCCAUCCAACAGAUCGGCUCAUUCUCGUCAACGGCCGGUCUUUUCAGCACGUUCGGCAGCAGAGGACGCGGCUAGAUUAGCUCCUACUGAGACAUCUCCAGAGACUGUUCGACGGUUAUCUUCUCCCUUGGAGAAUCCAUAUGAACCGAUGACAUCGGCUUCAAGACUCUCUCCAAGAAAAUUUACUCGGACAACUGCGUUCUUCGAUGGUGUCUCUCAGUGGUUCUCCCGUCCGGGCCCUGAGCCGCGACGGGAUAUUCAUACAGCUUCUACACAGUCGACUGAUGCGAAUGAUGCAUUUGUGGAAGUAAACUCGGACCAGAAAAGAGAUCGUGGACGGUUCCACGACCUUCUUGCAGCCCCAUCGAACAAAUUAGGCACUUUCUCUGGUGUCUUUGUGCCUACUUCGUUGAAUGUUCUUAGUAUUCUUAUGUUCCUUCGUUUUGGAUUCGUUCUUGGGCAAAGUGGUGUUUUUGGAAUGAUGGGCAUGCUUGUCGCUUCUUAUAUCAUUGAUCUUUUGACGACAAUGUCUAUUUCAGCCAUUGCAACCAACGGAACAGUACGCGGUGGCGGUGCUUAUUAUCUUAUAUCUCGCUCUCUAGGACCAGAAUUUGGUGGUUCCAUUGGCAUUGUGUUUUAUAUGGGACUUAUUUUCAAUACCGGCAUGAAUGCACUCGGUUUAGUCAAUUGCAUUGUCGAGAACUUCGGAGUAGAAUCAGGUUCUUGGUCGAAUUUUUUGCAGGAAGGCUUUUGGUGGAACUAUCUUUGGGGAUCAAUCGUCUUGCUUGUGUGCACAGCCAUCUGCUUUGCUGGUAGCUCUAUCUUUGCCCGAGCCAGUAACGGUUUGCUUGCCAUUCUUCUGAUUUCGACAUUCAGCAUCCCACUCUCAGCACUGAUUCAACAUCCUUUCAAAUCCCCUGAAUUGGGAGUUGAGUUUACCGGGUUCAGCAUGAAGACAUUCUUGGAAAACUUGAAGCCUCAUCUUACCAAAGGUGCUGCUGGAAGUCAAUUGGCACACCGGGAGAACUUUCAAGAUCUUUUUGGUAUCCUCUUUCCAGCCACCAGUGGCAUAUUUGCUGGAGCCAACAUGUCCGGGGAUUUGAAGAAUCCUAGUAGAUCCAUUCCUACAGGAACACUGUCUGGAUUGCUUUUGACCUUCUUUACCUAUACCGUCGUCAUCUUCUCGAUGGCUGCUUCAAUUACGAGACAGUCAUUUUACAACAACGUCAAUGUGAUCCAAGUCACGAACGUAUCUGGAACUCUCGUGUUGCUGGGAGAAUUUGCAGCUUCUUUCUUCUCGUCUCUGUCCGGUCUUAUCGGUUCAGCUAAACUUCUGCAAGCCAUCUCACGCGACAAUCUAGUUCCAGGUUUAGCAAUCUUCGGCAAAGCAAGCAACAAAAACGACGAUCCUAUAUUGGCCAUCCUCUUCUCGUUUGUGGUCGCACAAAUCACUAUGCUUUUCGACAUCAACAAGAUCGCCUCAUUCACGGCCAUGACAUACCUCAUGACUUUCUUAGCUAUUAAUCUUGCUUGCUUCCUCUUGAAAAUUGGCUCGGCACCGAAUUUUCGACCGUCGUUUCGCUAUUUUAAUUGGGUCACAGCGGCAUUGGGUGCUGUGUUCAGUCUUGCCAGCAUGUUUUUCGUUGAUGGGGUCUACGCCACUGGUUGUAUAGUCGUGUUAAUCUUUCUGUUUGUGCUAAUUCAUUAUACUUCUCCACCAAAGUCAUGGGGAGACGUUAGUCAAAGCUUGAUCUACCAUCAAGUCAGGAAGUACCUGCUUCGACUCAAGCAGGAACAUGUCAAGUUCUGGCGACCUCAGAUUCUUUUAUUUGUGAACGACAUAGACGCGCAGUAUAAAAUGGUCCAUUUUUGCAAUUCUCUAAAGAAAGGCGCCCUUUUCGUUCUAGGCCAUGUCAUUGUGACGGAUGACUUUACCAAUGCAGUCCCAGAGGCCCGUCGUCGACAGGCAGCUUGGACCAAGUUUAUUGAGUACUCGAAAGUUAAAGCAUUCACGAAUAUCACUGUGGCACCAACAGCAGAAUGGGGAGUUCGUAACAUUGUCCUGAAUUCUGGACUCGGGGGCAUGCGACCUAAUAUCGUGAUCAUUGAUGAGUACCGGCAGAAUCAGAGUAUAGGAGAUAUCGUCCAGCGAAAACCACGAAGAAGGCAUUCCAAGGCCAUGGAUGUCACAUUGAAUCGGCGGGAGUCAGAUCCUAGCGGUGAUGAAUUAUAUUUGACAAGUUCUACGAGCGCACAAACAUACAUUACAAUCCUUGAAGAUUUGCUGUUCAAGUUGCGCAUUAAUGUUGCUGUUGCAAAGGGUUUUGAUAAUCUUGAGCUACCCAAUCCUGGUGGCAGAAAUGAGAAGACCUUUAUUGACCUGUGGCCGAUUCAAAUGUCGGCAGAACUCGCCGCGGAUCGCCAAAGCAAGCAGAAUGUCUUAACAACGAAUUUUGACACAUACACAUUGAUCCUACAGCUUGGCUGCAUUUUGAAUACUGUACCUUCAUGGAAGAAGAGUUACAAUUUACGUGUGGCGGUCUUUGUGGAGUAUGAGAGUGACGUUGAGGAAGAACGCGGCAGAGUAUCUGCUCUCUUGGAGAAACUUCGAAUCAAAGCUCAGGUGCUUGUCUAUUGUCUGGCAGGUGGUAAAUUGCAGACUUAUCAGAUCAUUGUCAACGGUGAUACGUCUUCUGCAAGCGAGGACGUCCUAGAAGAUGUGAACACUGUUCUCAAAGACGAGAGUUGGUGGCAUGACAUUCAAGAAUUCCGCGACAAGGCCAGCAGCAGUACCAAACGACGCGGCCAAUCAUCUCGCGCAGCAGACCUCCUAGGCGGCCUAUCUCACUGGCCUGUUGCAUCGUUCCAACAAGGAGCACAGCGUCAAGCGGCGCCGAGGUUCGAAAGUAUCAAGAACUUUGUACGGUCCGACAGACAGCAACGGAGAAAGUCAAUCUCGAGUUUCCGGGGCUUGAAUGUGAACAUGGGUAUGCAGACGAGCAGGCUACUUGAUGCCAUGGUAAACUACCAGUCCGAUGAAAGCGAAGAUUCAAGUUGCACCGAAGACGAAGAGCACGAACCAUAUGUGAGCGAUAGCGAGGAUGGGUCAACGACACCACGUACUGGCGCUGCCACGCCAGCGAUCAGAGCCAUGACAGAAACACCCGAGAAUCUAUCACCUAACAACACAUCGUUCUUGCAGAGUCAAAGCUUGCAGGACGAAGCCGCUGAGCAGGAUGACGGUGCGCUCCGACCAGAUAGCGCCGGAAACUCAAACGACACCGUGACAACCGCCGGUCUCGCAGGGCAAUCGACUUCAUCUCUCACACGACCAAUGUUCAGUCGCGGACCGUCCGGAAACCGAUUCUCCUCAUCACCCAUCCCAGAAACUCGAGUCAACCAAACCGAAGACACGGGCCCAUCAAUUAUGUUCUCUGAAUCACCACCAUCGCGACGACCAUUCGACGACGACGGUUUGGUUUCAGACGAUACCCAACCCCGGGAAUCAAUCUACGCCCACCACCGCCAGUCAACUAGUCAACCUUCCUCCUCCUCUGCUUCGAUAGCGGCAUCAACAGGAGGAGCAGGAACAGGAGCAGGAACAGGAACAGCCUCUGGCUUCCCCAGCCAGGCCGCCAUGCCCCUCUCCUUCAACGACCUCCCCUGCCGCGCCCAACAUCUGAUCCUCAACGAACUCAUAACCCGACAAAGCGCCGAAACAGCCGUGAUGUUCACAACCCUCCCUUCCCCGGUCGAAGGUACAUGUCUCGACAAUGCGGCCAGUGAAGCGUAUGUGAGUGACAUAGAAGUGUUGUGUAGGGGAUUGCCGCCUUGUUUGUUGGUGCAUAGUAAUAGUAUGACUGUUACUAUGAAUUUGUAG